AUGGGACGGCUACUGCUACCUCCCGCGCUCCUACCUCUCCCUUGUGCUGCUGCUGCUCGGGCGAGGAAACUGCUGCGUUGGAGGUGGAAAGGUGGUGCUGUGUUGGCAGCAGCAGCGGCUGCAGUGGGCCUAGGAGGGGGGGCAGAGGAGAUGCAUAAGGGGAGGAGGAGCAGAGGAGAUGCAUCAGAGGAGAAGGAGCAGAGGAGAUGCAUCAGAGGAGGAGGAGCAGAGGAGAUGCAUCAGAGGAGGAGAAGAUGGAGCAUAGGUGCAUGGUUGCUGCCUUAUUCCCCUGUGCCUGCCUCUUCCCAUUUCACAGCAGCCGACGAGACGGAGCAGCAGAGGCAACGGAGCAGCAGAGGAGAGGAAGGAGAGGCAAAGGAGUUGAUGGAGAAGAGGAAGGAGAUGGAGCAUUGGAGAGACAUGGAGCAGAGGGCACGGAGGAGAGAAGCCACGGAGGGAAGAAGGCCAAAGGAGCAGAGGAGCAGAGAACCGCGCAGCUGCGAUUCCCCCCAACGCUGCUGGCCGCACGGAGGAGAGAAGGCACGGAGGGGAGAAGGCAUGGAGGGGAUAAGCGGUGACAGCAGUGGCAGCAGCAGUGGGAGCAGAAGAGAAGGCCGCCCUUCCCGUGUGCUACUGCAGAGGAGCAGAGGAGCAGCAAUGGGAGAAAAUGGUGCUGCCUCCCUUCCAUGUGCUGCUGCUGCUGUGAAGUGGUGGAGUGGUGCUGUGAAGUGGUGGAGUGGUGCUGUGAAGUGGUGGAGUGGUGCUGUCAAGUGGUGGAGUGGUGCUGUGAAGUGGUGGAGUGGUGCUGCUGCUGCUGCAUUGGAGGUGGCACCCGCAGUGACACCAGCGGUGGGAGUAGGGGAGAGGCAUGCGGUGACACAACCAGUGGCAGCAGCAGUGCUAGCAGAAAGGGGAGGCCAGCAGUGA